UUGUUUCAUAAUGAUCAAUUAUUGAUAUAUAAAGCUCGCAAUUUUUUUAUUUCAAAUUUUGUAACCUUUGAGUGGGCAUAAUCAACAAUGGCAUCCAAAACUGUUCUUUUCGGACUCUUGGUAGUCCUUUUGGUCAACCACUCUUUGGCUAGAGAUCUGACUGUCUGCCCCAACUCAGACAAAGCAACCAAAGCUGUAUACGACAAAGAAGUAGCAACAUCCGUUGUAGGAAGCACCAUCCGUGUUAGAGUACCAGACAGCUUGUUCUUGAAGAAACCAAUCACCUGCAUUGUUAUUGUGGACAAUAACCAAAGCGAUAGCGUACCUGAAGUAGAAGAUGGUGGUGUUGACAGUACAUGGGUGACCGUAAACAUUGCUCCCGCCAUUACCGAACUGCUCAGCUACAGAAUCCAAGUGUACACCAAUGAAUAAAUAUAGAUUAUUGUAAUAUGUCUGAAUUAUGUAAAGUGGUGCUAAUAUAAAUAUAUAUUAAUUAUAUAUAUUAAUAUAUAUUAAUUAAUAAAUAAUAUAAAUUUGUUAA